AUGAAUGUUAGACAGUUCUUACAAGACCAUUAUAAAUCACUUAUAAUGGUACCCUUCUUGACAAUGAAUGGAACCCUAGCAUUGAUAGAAACUUUGCAAAGGUUCUAUUAUUUCGAUAAAGAAGAGAAUGUGGGUGUUGUUUCUGAAUUGUUCUUGGGCCCAUUACGGUCAGCUAAGAUGAUUCCAUUAGACAGUUGGAAUAUCUUGGUGUCAGGACCGAAGCACAACAAACGCAUAGCUGUCUAUCAGUUAUAUCCUCAAGUUACCAAGUUAUCUAGUAAUGUAGAGCCAGGUUGUAAAUUGUCUGCAAUAAAUUGCCAAUUUGCUAGUGGCAAUGAUGAUGAGCUAUGCCUAUCACUUGAUGGACACCCUGAUUUGUUGAUUUCCUUUCAAGAAGUUCUGUCUGGAGAGCGAAUAUUUGGAAUAAGGUUCAAAGACACGCCCAAUGAUAGCAAAGAAUAUCAAAAGCUUGGAGAUGAAGCAGAUAAUUGGAUUAGCAAUGUUCUGGGGAUACCCGCUACAAUGCUUUAUGUGCCUGAGACAAAAUUGUCAGGUGAAGUAAAUUACCCUAUCUAUGGAUCUUCACCUGAUAAAAGACCAGCUCCUGUACCACCUGUUCAUAUAACAUCAAUCACCACAUUGGAAGAAAUGAAUGAAAAAUCAGGUGCCAAAGUUGAGAUGGCAAGACUCCGACCAAAUGUGGUGGUAAAAGGCAACACACCAGGUGCGGAGGGGUUUUGGAAAGUCAUAAAAAUUGGGGACCAGUUAGAGUUGGAGCAAACCUUCAUGAACCCACGAUGUGGUGUGGUAAACGCAUUAGAUGGGAAACUGAACCCAAAGGUAUAUGAUACAAUAUACAAGCAAGGACCUUUUAGGGACAUGCGGAACAGACCCUGUUUUGGAAGCUAUUGGAAGGUUCUUAGACCAGGGGAUGUUCAUGUUGGAGAUAAAGUCAUGCUAUUGAAGUCCUUAGAGAGCAACAUAACUGGCCCGUACAGCCUGACAGAUCAGUUUGUAGUGGGAUAA